AUGGGGCGCUGGAGCGUUGUGCUGCUGCUGCCGACCGUCGCCGCCGCAAUGGUAGGUCGACCUCCAUUCUAACCUCUCAAGUGACAACUCUAGGUGGUGUGGCCGUCGCUGCCGUACUCGCCGACGUCGCCGACCAACCAGACCAAGCCGAGCAGCUGGGCCGACAAGAACCUCGGCCAGUGGUGUCGCAACUUCACUCAAAAUGUGUCAGUUUCAAGUUUCGAAGCCUCCCGCGUUGCCCAACUCAUUCAUAAAUUAUUCGGAAAGAUAAUGGAAUUUCCAUGGAUUUCCUUCCAAUUUUCAGUCACAGACAAUGUCCGCAGGCCUCGGCGUUCCACCAAUUCGACUGCUGCGGUCAUCACAAUACCGAAUGUUGCUUCGCCAUACAAGGAUGGGUGAGUUGAAGCGGAACGUCGCCGAAUGCGGAAGAAUUCGAACGCGAAGAGUUCAAAAGGCUCCGAAAUUCUCUUGACUUUACAAAGUGCUGGGGCAAGGAGGGAAACGGGGCGUUACCGAUCAGAGUCAUGCUUUCGCGAUUUUGAAGCGGUAAACAAAUUCAUAGAUUUCGGCUAGAGUUCGGUUCACAACUAGUUGUUGAGUUUCAAGCAAAUCUCACUUAAAAAUAUCCUUUCCAAAGGACGAAAUUGCAGGUGAUUCUGAUAGCAACGAUGACGGCGUGUUCCUCGCUGCUGACGCUUAUCUUCUACGUGCUUCUGAAGGCGCGGCUGAUCUGUCUUGAAGGCACCUACGCCCCCAAAACAAUCUACCUCGGCAUCAAAGACUGA